CGGCGAAGUCGUCAGACAUACACUUGGUUGAGUAUACAGGCUCCAUGAUCUUCUGAAAAUAGAUUGGAGUGCGAGACUCAGCUGGUGACAGGGAAGCGACUGGAUGUAAAUCAACACACCACUGAUGUCCAGCUUCACGGGUAUAAAGUAACCGCGCAGCCGUCGCUUGGACAUACUAGAAAUCAAAAGCAUUAACAUCCAAAGCAUUACACAAACAUACACACUCUCAACUACAGUACUUACUCCACUAUGAAGUUCAACGCCCCCAUUAUCCUUGCCUUUUUGUCCGCCGCCCAGGCUACCCAGGUGAACUGGGAAAUUUGCAAUGGUGGUGUUGAAAAGACCAACAGCGACGGCUGCACUAAUGUGUCCGGUGCCAAAGAGGAUAACCUCUGCGGUAUUGUAAUCCCACCUCCUGGACGGGACUACUGCGAGUUCUACACUACAAGCUGUGGUAUUCCCUGGGGCACUACCUACCGCUGCAGUGUAAGUGACGGCCGCUGCGACGCUAAACCCUGGAAGGCGAUUGCCUCGUACCGCUGCUGGGACCAAUAAAGAAAACCAUAAGGAUGUCUUAAGAUAGCGUUAACCUUGCGAGAAGGAAACAAGAUUGAAUACAUCUUAUGGCCUUUUUCAGUUGAUAACGCAAAGGAUCAGGCACCCAACCUAUAACAGCAAAUCUUCUAUCUUAGAAAUAUAAAACGCGUUUCUCAUAUAACAAUUCUACUAGUUUCUGUGGCCUCAUCAUGACGCACUACGCUUAUUUAGCCAAGGCUAUUCCACAUCUGCCAAAGCGUAUCAUCCUGGGCUAAAGCUUGUGUAAAGUUUAAAUCCAUUGUCUCAUCUAGUAUUUGCAUGCUAGGCAAAACCUUUUUUCGCAUGUUGUGAAGCUCUUGAGCUACAGACUGGAUUUGGAGACAAGCACCGCUUGCAGCGGGCCAUACUUGAGCCAGCGCACGAAGGGCACCAAUAUUAAGCUUAAUGUACUGACGGAUAUCAGCGCUGUUUUGUUUGCUGUCGGUGUUUGAAGAUUCUUCGAAAAAGCUAGUCGUGAUGGCCCAGUUGCUGAAGUGGACGAUGGAGGACAGCGUCACAACACAGGCAAAGAAGUGACUAUGACGGAGCAUCGUAGAGCUGUGCAUAACUAGGUUACUAAUUUCUGACGCGGCGUGAAUAGCGUGCGCUGCGUGUGCGUCAUACGGGAUAUUGCUAGCUUGUGUUUGAAGGUACUCUGGUGAUGCGCAAGAAUUGAUAGUCUCUGUAACACUGGUGUCCAACUGCGACAAAGGCUGGUGUAGUAUAACGGACAUGGCACGAUGCAUCAUGAGCGCCUGGAAGAUCAUUUCGUCAGAUUUUCCGUUACGCUGGAUCGCAUUGUGCUUGGAUUCGGGCAAAUGCAGUUGCCAGUUCGUCAGAGCCGCCUCCAGUCGACGUACUGUAUCUGGGUCGUGCUUUGAUAUAGGUUGUUGCUGAAUAAGUUGACCCAUAAUAUUUGCACAGAGAAUACGAUAUGCAAACGAUGAAAAUUGGCGCUGGUCUGUGGAAAACGCUUCGUCCUCCAGCUCAUGGAGAAAGCAUGGCGCUGGGAUAUUCUACGAUGGAGAUUAGCAUUUCUUCUGCUGCGGUUUGAGACUAACAUCAACGUACUCCUGUAAGGUAUUCGUCUUCCUCACAAGGAAGCGCUACUCCAGAAUCUACAGCAUAUAAUGGAAAAGUAGUCUUUCGAUGAACACCAGCCACCAUGGCGUCAACUGUGUAAAGCUCCCACCAGGUUCUUCGCCAACUCUCCUCGACAACAGCAAGUUCGUUACCAUGGCGAGCCGCAAACUCACGGCGAUGGAGACCGAUUUCUAAGGCCAUGUCUUCAAGCUUCUGGAGCAGCUCUGCGGCCGCAUCUCGUUUGCAAACGCCGUCCAUGCCAAUUACCAGAACUAGCAUAGCCUGGGCCAGAUAGCCGUUUCUGGGCAAUGAGGCAUCCCUAACUCUAUCGUAUGCCGUAGUGAAGAGGCUUUCACGCGCGGCUGGGCUCAUUUUGAUGAAUAGCGAGCCAGUCCAUCGCAUAGCAGCCAAGAGGGCAUCCCCGGAAGGCAUUGCAGCAACAUGCGCCACAUAAGCUCGGGGUAGAACAAAUGGAUGUGCAGGAAAGCAAUAAUAGUAAUACGCUUCCAAGGCGCCGUCAACUAGCUUGUUUAUGGGACACGAAGAAGCACAUUCGUACGGCUUGAUAGCGGCUGGCGGUCCGAGAGGCAACUUUGUGGUAGUGAUAGACGCCUCAUUUCCCUGAAGACCAUUGAAAGCAUUCGAAGGGCUAUCCGAGGAGCUCGGUGACGAAGACGCUAUCAUGCUAUCCGCGGUGGUUGCAGAGUGAGAUGAGCUGUCGGCGGGCGUGUAAGCUUUCCUUGUACCAUCCCGUAGAUAGUGGCCUUGCCGGCGCGGGUAGUGCCCACGACGCGACACAACGUAUACGCAGUCAAGCUGUCUCUCUAUGCAGUAAGAGCAGGGAUCUAAGCCAUUGCAUUUGAUGUGCUUGUUC